CGAUUAAUUUGAAAUGGGAUCAGGACACAGUGUCGAAAUUCCUGGUGGUGGUACCGAGGGAUAUCAUGUACUAAAGGUUCAAGAUAACUCACCCGGUCAGAAAGCUGGUCUUGAGGCAUUUUUCGACUUUAUUAUUGCCAUUGCUGGCACUAGACUGGAUCAGGAUAAUGAUAUGCUGAAAGAGUUGUUAAAACAAAAUGUUGAUAAGCCGGUCAAACUGGUGGUAUACUCAAGUAAAACUCAAAGUGUUCGUGAACUGACACUGACCCCUAGCACGGGCUGGGGUGGCCAAGGCUUGUUGGGGGUAAGCAUACGUUUCUGUUCGUUUGAGGGUGCCAACGAACAUGUUUGGCAUAUUUUGGAAGUGUAUCCAGACUCCCCAGCCCAGUUGGCUGGUCUGCGGGCCUAUUCAGAUUAUGUCAUUGGUGCCGAUGCUAUUCGUCAUGAAAAUGACGACUUGUUUACAUUGAUAAUGACACAUGAACAACAGCCGCUCAAGAUGUAUGUUUACAAUAUCGAUGAUGAUGCCUGUCGCGAGGUAACCAUUAAACCCAAUUCGAAUUGGGGUGGAGAGGGAGCUUUGGGAUGUGGUAUUGGUUACGGGUAUCUUCAUCGUAUACCAUUACAAGCUGGAAAUCCUGGUACGGUUGCUCAGCCACCUAAGAGCAUUCCUACAGCAGCACCAACAAUUCCAGCAUCUGUUACCACACCUGUAAUACCGGCUACGGCGACCACCACUGUUAUUGCUCCUACAUUGCCAUAUGUGCCUCCAUUGAGCAAUACAUUUGCCAGUACAUCGGCUGCAACAACAACAUCUACAACUCAGCAGCAGCAGCAGACACAACAACAACAGCAAAGUGUGUUCAAACAAUACUUUAAUCCCGAUGAUAAUACACCUGAAUUGAUAACCACUCCUGAAGACUCGACUCGUGGCAAUACUAACGAAAAUGCCCAAACAACGACAACAACAGAUACACAAAAGGAACAACCUGAAAAGGUGGCAGAAACAGCGGCUCCUGAAAUAACUGUACCACCAGUUGUUGUGCCAUCACCAGAACCUGUGCAAGUUUCGUCGCCUUCUCAACCAACUGUUCCAGUUCCAGCCCCAGCAACAACAUUACCACCCCCAACGAAUUUAUACAUACCCGGAGUAAUCGAGGCACCCACAACUAGCAACAUACAACUCCCAUACCCACAAGCUACGGCUCCUCAACAACAACCACCACAAAUGCCGACUAAUAUGGCUAUUCCACAGAAUACGAUACCCAUGUACACUACUGGUCAACAACAACAACAAUAUAUGUCGUCUCCAGCUGCACUAUCAUAUCCAGCAGCUCAAACUGUUGCCAGCUAUCCCCAAAUACAACCAUCAAUGGGUGGUCUUUAUCCAACACAACCAACACCUAUGCCUCCACAAAUGGCUGCAUAUCUUCAACAUCAGCAGCAUUUACCAUGA